CGUCACUGAGGUCAGGUUGACGGAGCGAAGAUGGCGACCGCCUACGAGAGAUACAAUUUGCACACAACCCCAGAGAAGUUCUUCAUUGAGGCUUGCGAUGAGGGUGCUGAUGUUGUGCUGGCAAUCGACAGGGUCUCAAAUGAGAUGACCCUUACAGUUAAAAAAGAUGUUCCUCCCUCAGCAGUAACCAGGCCUAUAUGUGGCAUCAUGGGAACCAUACGCCUGGUAGCAGGGAUGUACCUGAUCGUCAUCACAAGGAAGAGGAAUGUGGGCAGCCUCCUGGGCCAUGCUGUGUGGAAGGCUGUGGAUUUUGAUGUUAUCUCUUAUAAGAAGACAGUGCUGCAUCUCUCAGAGAUCCAGUCUCAGGAGAACAAGACUUUCCUGUCCAUGCUUAACAAUGUGCUGACUACAGAUGGCUUCUACUUCUGCACUGACUAUGACCUGACACACACUCUGCAGCGGCUGGCCAACACCAGCCCUGACUUCAAGGAAAUGAGUCUGCUGGAGAGGGCAGAUCAGAGGUUUGUGUGGAAUGGGAACCUCCUGAGAGAAUUGGCUGCGCAGCCAGAGCUUCAUAGGUUUGCACUUCCUGUUGUCCAUGGAUUCAUCAUCAUGAAGCCGUGUCGUAUUAAUGGGAAGAUCUUUGAGUGGAUUCUCAUCUCCAGAAGAAGCUGCUUCCGGGCCGGUGUCAGAUACUAUGUUAGAGGCAUUGACUCUGAAGGUCAUGCUGCUAACUUUGUGGAGACUGAGCAGUUGGUUUUGUAUGAGGGAGCAAAGGCUUCAUUUGUCCAGACACGAGGCUCCAUGCCCUUUUACUGGAGUCAGAGGCCCAACCUCAAGUACAAACCUAAACCUAUCAUCAGCAAAACCACCAAUCAUAUGGAUGGUUUCCAGAGGCAUUUCGACUCUCAGAUUCUCAUCUAUGGGAAGCAAACUAUUCUGAACCUGGUGAAUCAAAAGGGCUCAGAGAAGCCACUAGAACAGGCCUUUGCCAAGAUGGUGUCUGGCAUGAACAAUGGUAUGCUCAAUUACAUAGCCUUCGACUUCCACAAAGAAUGCAGCCACAUGAGAUGGGACCGUCUCCAGAUCUUGGUGGAUUCUGUCACUGAGACACAAGAUGAAUACAGUUACUUCCUGGUGAACUCAGAGGAGAAGAUGGUGGUCCAGCAGAAAGGAGUCUUCCGCAGUAACUGCAUGGACUGCCUGGACAGGACCAACGUUAUCCAGAGCCUCCUGGCCCGGCGCUCCCUACAGUCCCAGCUGCAGAGGAUGGGGGUUCUGAAUGUGGGUCAGAGGAUUGAGGAGCAGGUGGAGUUUGAAAAGAUCUACAAGAAUGCAUGGGCUGACAAUGCCAAUGCAUGCGCUGUACAGUAUGCAGGAACUGGAGCCUUGAAAACAGACUUCACGAGGACGGGGAAGAGGACCAGGUGGGGGCUGUUGAUGGAUGGUUGGAACUCCAUGAUUCGCUACUACAAAAACAACUUCUCUGAUGGAUUCAGACAGGAUUCCAUUGACUUGUUUUUGGGGAACUUUGCUGUCGAUGAGUCAGAUGGACCCUCUCCUCUUCGUGUGCAGAAAGACUGGAAGUUCCUCACGCUGCCCAUCAUUAUGCUGGUGGCAUUUUCCAUGUGCAUCGUCUGUCUUCUCAUGGCCGGGGACACAUGGACAGAGACCCUGGCUUACGUGAUGUUCUGGGGGGCUGCUAGUGCAAUUACAGCCACUAUCAUCUUGUUCAAUGGCCAAGACUUUGUGGAUGCCCCCAAACUGGUUCACAAGGAGAAGAUGGACUGAGUGUGUGUGUGUGCGUGUGAGAAGUAGCUGAGCCAGCAGGCUCGUACCUCGUCAUCUUCACUGACUUCCUCCCCAGGUCUGGACUCUAGACUGAUCUGUUGCCUCUGUACUGCCCUGUCAAACACAGUUUAUCUGUCUUUUUUUCUUCUGUUGUACUGCACACACUCCUUCACAUGGUUUACAUUUCAUUUCCUACAAUACUUUAUAUUUAGGUUGUUUUGCUGGUUUGUUGGUUUUGUUGGUGUUAUGUUUGAUUAGUUAGAGAGGGUCUGUGAUGGCACCUGUCAGUUUCAGUGGUCUGCAGCAUCCACCAAAAAUAUAAUUUCUAUACAAUAACACUAUUGCUCAUUUUCCUGUUGGCUUACAAUUUUUAACACUUUUGAAUCUUUAACAAUGUUAUGACAAGAUUUUUUUAUUUUCAAUUAAUCUAGCUGGUUAGACCUCCAGUCAGUUUGCAGCUGGGUGGAGCUGUGCUGGAAAUUAUUUGAUGUCACCAAACUCUACAUACAUUAAGAAUGAUUAAGGUUUUAAGAUGUCCCACCCUAACAGGUACAGUGAACCAACAGAAGAGUGAGCGAAAUAUCAGUUGCAGUUUGUACAUGUACACAGUCCUGAGAAGAGGUCUGAAAAAGCAACAAAACACCAGUGUGGGUGGGCUAUGGGUGUUUUGCAACUUUAAGCAACAUUAAUUGUUUUGUUUCUUUUUGACCACUUGUGGGCAGCACAACAAACUGAAAAAGCAGUGUCUGACAUAUUGUCACUGCAUCAAGCAAACGUGUUGGCAACAGCCACCAACUUUGUUCAUUUGGUGUUGGGCAGGCAGUGUAUAAGAGGAUAUCAAAGUUUUUUUUUUUACUGCAAACUGAGCUGAAGGAAGCUAAAAAGCUCUGUAGUGCUUAAGAGAUGGUGAUAAUUCUCUGUGUCUUUGUCAAAAUUAGCCCUGUCACCUUACACAAAAUCAUUUGAUCCAUUAUUGAUAUGGAAAUGUUGAUUACUUAACUUAAUUGCAUUCAUCCCAAACAGAGGCGGUAUUAAUGUCAGUUAACCGUUCACUGGCACGCUCAAAGAUGAGGCACUUCAGCAAGCACAUAUUGAAAAAUAUGUGAUGCAUCUUACUGAUGAACAAACCGCUCAACGGUAUUUACAUGAUGAGUUUUGAAUGUAACAAGCCUUACUAACGUACGUAUGAAACAUGAAUAUUUGGCUAAUCUGUAACUGGAGUGAGCAGUAUGUCUUCCUAUCAAGCUAACUUUAGAGAGUAUCUGAUAAUUUUGCACUUUGGAGAACCAUGAAAUGUGCUGCCUGCAUACAGUUAUUAAUGAUAUAUCGAUUUGUAUUGAGCGUUAGUACUCAGACUGUCUGGUGUUGCUAGUUUUUCCCAGCCUGGUUCCGGACCCCUGCAUUGAGCCCAUAUGUCUUUAUUUUGUUCAGCAACUCAGAUAGGUCUGGUGUGGUGCUCACGAUUUUGAUACUUUUUCUUUUUUUCAAUCAGUAGAGAACAUUUGCCCUAUGUAGAGCUUUGUAGUCAAGAUUAAGAAUGAAUGAAUACAUUUCCAGUUAGCUAUUUAGCUACAUCCUUGAAAAAUGGUAACAAAAAAUUGCUGAAGCAAUGCCGAUGCAUGUGGAUGAGAUCAACUCAGUUAAGUCACCUUCACAGACAUAAGAACUCUUAAAUCUGCAUUUUUCUUUGAUCAUCAUAAAAAAUUAAUUACAAAGUAAUUGCUCCCAGACACCACGAACAGAGCUUUGGAGUUGACUGAAAAUGACAUCCCCUGCAAGUGUUUUGUGGCACUUUCCAUCUCCAUUAGCAAUGCUAGUUGAUUGUUUCUUUACUUUGGGGAAACAACUCUUAAUGAGUACAACACCAGUUCAAUAAUUUGAAUUAUUGAACAAAUUGAAGCCGUUAGUGUUUAUUCAGAGGCCUGGAACCAGGAUAAUUUGUUUGUCAAACAAAAGUUAGACUGCACCAGUUUUUACUGUAAUUGUAUGUGUAAGCUUGUUCAUCUCACUGUCCCUGGGUUGGUCCAUGGCAGCAUGCUUUGCCGUCGCCACACUGUCGUUUUUUUGAUACUACGACUUGGGGCCAAGCCACAGUUUGAACGUUUUAAAUUCUACACAUUGUGGCUUUAAUUCCAAUGAUCAUGGUUAUCAGGACUUCACUCUCUCAAAAUGUCAAGUUCACAGGCUUCUGUACUUCAUGGUAUGUCAUGUGGGAUUCAUCAUUCAUCGUUCCUAUCAUUUUUUGAAUGGAUAAGGUGUACCAGAACAGGUGAAAGGAAUGUAAUGUUACCAUUACGAUCACCAUUUGAUGUCUUAAUAUGAGAUAAUUCAUUCAGUUUCUUGGUGUGGCAGUCUUGAAAAGUUAGAGAAGCACCCCAGAAAUAUAGUGUGUCACUGUAUCUUGAGAAUUCAUCAGAAGUCAUUAAAUUGGGAUCGCAGACCUAAAAAUGUAUCUGUAACCCCAGAGGCUUCCAUCACCCUCUGUGAACCUGUUCAUUCAUGUUUUCAGUCUGGUUUAUUUUCCUGCUUCCUCACAGAGGUUUGGGGGUUGUGUUGCUCCAAUCUAGAAGAGAAUGAGUCCAAAUCCACUCUUGGAUCCCUGCUUUACGUACCUGCUCCUCAGUGGAGAGGGCACAGACAUGUAACCUUACAUAUAAUCAAUAAAGAUCUGUUUGGGUCUUGAAACCCCCUAAUGUUGACUUUUUAGGAAAAUUGGUCACCAUGUUUUCUUGUUUUGAAAUGACUUCACAUACAAGCUGUGUGGUUUUAGUUUUCAAUGAUGCUUUUUCAGUAAUUCCUGCAAACAUUAUCUAAUGUAUCAGAUCAUACCAACAGAUGGUACAAGCCAUUGGGUCAGUGAUUUAAAUGUCUCAGUCUCAAAAUGUUGUUAACUUAGUAAAAGGUUUAUGGUUUAUCUAACUGUAUGAUCAUGCAAAGAUGUUGUCUAUCAUGAUCAGAACUAUGUACCUUUGUGACAGUACAGGUCAAGGCCCGCUUUCUUGAUAGCUUGUAUGAACACAGAAUGAGAUGAUAACUUGUGUGAACAGGAUAAUGAACAAGAUAACUCUUGUUGGAAAAAGAUGGCUUGUACAUUAUAGCAGUUUGCGCGUACAAGAUGAACAAUUGUGAACAACUUGUUGAUUUACCAGAUCUUUUGGAACUUAAGGUGCAUUGUACUUACUAGACAUUCCACUGCAUCCUGUGGUCUUUUUCAGCAAAUGGAGUUGUAUGCUCAGUUGUGGAGUUGCUUGAAAGCUACAUUUAUAAGUGGACUGAAAGAUUAUUUUUGUCAAACUGCGUUUUACAAGAGCACAAGAAUGAAUAUUCAGUACCAUAUGUGCAGUGCAGGUGAAAUCCGUCUCAUUGACGUCCUUGUAAUGUCUGUGCAUUUUAAAAUUACAUUUGCAUUUACAGAUGUACUUUGUGGGUAGAAGUGACAUCUGGACAAGCAGCGACAGUCAGUCAGCAUCACCUUUUUUGAAAUAUGUUUGUACAUUGUACCCUAAUAUUAUAUUAAGACAAUAGUAAAAGAUCAAAUAUUUUCAUUCCAUUGUGUACAACUGCAGGUUUAAAGUUGCCUGAAGGUUCCAGAGUUAUGUGAUCAUUAUAACUCUACAGUGUUUUGCAUUUGUUUUCCUUGGAAACAUAAUAAUGGAGCCAAUGUCAUGUUACGAUGACAUACAUUAACCUAAACCUGCUCAACCAAGGUGCACUAUGACAUGUGUAUGGUAUAACAUGACUUGCAAACUUCACUGUACCACAACUGCACAUUGUACUCCUUUUAAAUCAGGACCUUAGCUUCCUUUGAGGACAAUGAGGUCAGUGUUAGUCAGCUUUUAUUGGCCAGGUAUGUGCACACAUAUAUGGAAUUUGAAUUGUGUUAAAUUCCUCUCAAUGUACUACUCACAGUUCCAAGAACAACUUACAGGAAGAUGGAAAUAGACAUAUAGCUGAAAACAAGGACAGCAAAGCUGAACAAAGAUGGAACUAUAGAACUAUUAUGUACAUACAUAUUUUAAGUAAGUAAGUUUUAAACAUGGUGGCAGUUCAUUGAAAAAUAAAUAAUCAAGCUUAGAAAAUGAAACACUUUCAACUUCUGUUUGCAACUUAUGAUCAUUAAGACAUUGAUGCAAACUGUAUUGCACACAAAUGGAUAUUUUGAGUUACAAUUAGUGUUACAAGUUUGCAAAUGAUGUUAUAACCCUGUGCUGGUACUGUUAUGUCUGUGGGCUGUUUGUGUCACAUAAGGAACAUUGGGACUGUAUACUUAUAAACAUAUCAUUUUAAAGCUAAACACAACAAGUCUUAUCUGAGGUCGUCAAAGCCAAAACCAUUUAUUUAGUUUGUGGUGGAACAUGUAAAUGACCUUGUGUUUUUCCUCAGCAAUCUUCAGUGCUCCCCUUUCAAAAUCAGACUUCAUCCUGUGUUUUCUGUAAUUGUCAAUAAACUCCAGUGAACACAUACAGAUUACUAUUAAGGCACUAUUGAUCUUUUGCUGAAUUUACCUUCAACAGUUUUAAGAAGUUUUCCUGAGUCGGUGUAGUGAUCUCCUUUAUGCAGUCGUGUGUCUACAAAGUGGUGAACCUUUUUCCACAUCAAUAUCCAACCUUUUCUUGUGAACAACUGAGCCUUUCCAGGAUGCUCCUUUCAUAUCCAAUCAU